GAUUAAUAAAACACCGGGGCGCCGGGUCGAGCAGGCGAAGUCGAGGACAGGGAGAGGGCGAGGCCGCGAGGGGAAGAGGAGAGGGAGGAAUCCGGAAAGAGGAUACCGUUCGCCGGCAGCAAGUCGGACGGCGUGGGAGUUUGAUGCAGUUGAGGGGUUGACGACGGCUGUCGGAUCGGGGUCUGGCGGAGCCGCAGCUGCCAUGGUGGCGGCGAGUGAGGGCGCGGUGGUCAUCCAGUCUGCCAAGCGCGCCGGAGAGCCCACCAUCGUCACCGUCAGCUGUCCUGACCAGACUGGACUCGGGUGCGACUUCUGCCGCGCUAUCCUCGACUUCGGCCUCUGCAUCGCCCGUGGAGAUGUGUCCACUGAUGGGAAGUGGUGCUACUUUGUGUUCUGGGUCAUUCCGCGAUCGGCCUCAAGUAACAUUCAUUGGCUAAGCUUGAAGAACAGACUAUUUUCACUUUGUCCAUCUUCCUCGAUUCCAUUCUAUUAUGAUGUUGUGAGUAGGCCAACGACUUCCCAGAUCUACCUUCUAAAGUUGUUUUCUGUCGACCGGAAAGGAUUGUUGCAUGAUGUAACUAAAGUUCUCUGUGAGCUUGAGUUUACAAUUGAACGAGUUAAAGUAUCAACAACUCCAGAUGGUAGAGUAGUGGACCUUUUCUUUAUCACAGAUGCCAUGGAGUUGUUGGACACAAAAGCAAGACAAAAUGAUUUGUGUGAAAAGUUGGAUGCAGUUUUACAGGAAUCUGUGAAUCUUUGUGAGAUUGAACUUGUUGAAGAUUUUCAGUUUGGAUUUUCUUCUCUUCCGGAAGCAGUUUCUGAAGAAUUAUUCAAGUUGGAGUUGUCAGGUAUUGAUUCACAGAGACUGAGCCCAGAGAUGAAGUUGCUGAAUAAGGCUGACGUAAAGAUUGACAAUUCAUUAAGCCCUUCCCACACUCUACUUCAAGUUCAUUGUGUCGAUCAGAAAGGCCUGCUUUACGACAUUAUGAGGACAUUGAAAGACUGUAACAUUCAGGUUUCUUAUGGGAGAUUCUUGUCUGAUCUGAGAGGCUCACGAGAGGUGGACCUUCUCAUUCAGCAAAGCGAUGGAAACAAAGUCGCCGAUCAUGAGAAGCAGGGUGUCCUCUGUUCUCGACUGAAGAUGGAAAUGCUCCACCCCUUGAGAGUGACAAUCACCACCCGUGGACCCGAUACUGAACUCCUUGUCGCUAAUCCAGUCGAGUUAUGCGGGAGGGGGAGGCCUCGUGUCUUCUACGACAUCACACUCGCUCUCAAAGUGCUCGGAAUCUGCAUCUUCUCGGCUGAGAUUGGCAGGCACACGGCUUUCGAAAGGCAAUGGGAGGUGUACAGAUUCCUGUUGGAUGAUAGCAGGGAGUUGCAGCUAGCAAACAGCCACGCUCGAAGUGAAAUUGUGGAUAGGGUGAGGCGAACACUGAUGGGAUGGUGAAGUAGUUUGCAUUGCAUUAAAUGUAGCGUGGUUAGUUUGAAAAUGUACAGUAUGAUGGACCGGUUAUAAUUAUGCUUUCGUUGUUUA